UAUUGUAGACGUGUAUGAGACAUGUAACGUAUAAAGACGAUAAGCAUUCCGAAAGAAAACAUAAAUGUGUUGUUUAAAUAAAAAAUGGAUAUCGAAACGGAGAAUGUUAUAAACCUUAUAUUUCCGGAUGGUAUAGAAGAAUCAUGGAAAGAGAACCCUGAAUUUUACCAGUAUUUGUCAAAACUUGGUGGUUACGAUGUUGAUCAGCUUAGUAAAGAGCCUGACCAUUUGAACGAUGAGAGAACAUCAGUAUUGCAAACAACACAAGAGUUAGUAUUUGCUAAUUAUAAAACGUUUAUUCAAACAGCAGAAAGUUCCAGGGAGAUAUUUAAACAAUUUAAUCAAACCGAAAAUCGGCUUGAUGGGCUUGUACAAAAGAUUCCCAAGUUUGUAGAGAAGUGCCAAUUAUUCUGUGAUGCUUCUAAGGAUAUAAAUGCUCAUAGGAGAGUAAAUAGUUUAACAUUAACAAGAAAUGCAGAGUUGCUGGAAGUACUUGAAAUGCCUCAAUUAAUGGAAUCUUGUUUAAGGAGUAAUCAGUAUAAUGAAGCAUUAGAAUUAUCUCAGUAUGCACGUCAGUUAGGAACCAAACAUGGAGAUAUUCCGAUUAUAUCGUCCAUAGUGGCAGAAAUUGAAAGCAGUUGGUCAGGCAUGGUAGGACAAGUUGUAGGGUCAUUAAGAGGGGAUUUACCGCUUCCAAGAUGUUUACAGCUCGUCGGAUUAUUACGAUCGAUGGAUGCUUUUACAGAACCAGAAUUACGUAUUAAAUUUCUUCAAGCGCGUGAUAGUUGGCUUCAAAGUCUUUUAAAUGCUAUACCCAAAGAUGAUCCUAAUCUUCAUAUUACAAAAACAAUCGAGUUAUCAAGGAUACAUUUGUUUAAUAUAAUAACACAAUAUAGGGCUAUGUUUAACGAUGACGAACUCAUGAUACCGGGAAGAGAUCCGACUGUAAACGAGAGUGCCAUAUUUUAUCAUUGGCUAGAGGAAAAGAUAUCCCAGUUUCUAAUGACCUUGGAACAAGAUUUACCUGGCGUAACGUCUAUAGAUUCCAUUUUAGGCCAAUGUACAUAUUUUGGUUUAUCAUUUGGUAGGGUGGGUGCUGAUUUUACUGGACGAAUGUCUGAUAUAUUUGUACGUGUCAUCGGUGAAAAAUUUGAGUCCGGUGUUCGUAAAACGACAAAGAAGUUUGAAAAAGACAUGGAAUCAUUUACACUAAUUAAUAAAACAUACAAAACUAAUAUAAAAAUGAACACUACAAUAAAAUCUGAGUAUCCACCAGAACAAUUAGUGGAAUUUUACCCUUUAGCUGAAUACUGUAAUGGUCUUAUAUCUGCUUUCAACGAAAUACGACUUUGUCCGCCGGUAGCACUUUCUGCUUUCUGUACAAUCAUUUUACAGGAGUCUUUAUACAAUGUAGCAAAAUCUAUAUUAAUUUUUUAUAAACAGGAACAACAAGCAUUUGCUGCAGCAGAAAGAGAAAAUAUGCUCAAAUUCACAGAAUGUUUAAGCGAACAAUUGAUUCCUUAUGUACAGUACUGUAUUCACGUUAUUUUCCCACCAAAUCAAAUUGCGAUUCAUUUAGGCAUUUCAGAGAAUUUGCUACAAACUGAGGGAAUCACGUAUUUAAAUAGAGACAGUAUCUUGGAACCUUUGGCUCUUUUAUUACCGAUUCCAAAAAACGGGAAAGAUUCUAUCUCUUCCUCAUUACCUACCUCUAAUACACAAUCAUUAGUAAUGCAAAAAGUUUCCAAUGAAGUAUCUUUGACGUCUGAAAAUACGGAAGUAGAUGCAACUUUUGAACAAUUGAAACAAAUAAAACAAUCUGAAUUACACGAAUCCGCAGAGCAAACAAUGGUAUCUACCGAUUCGCAAGAAAAAACUGUGGUAUCAAACAAAGAUAUUAAAAUUAAUGCAAAUAGCUCGAGCGACGGUGCAAAUCAGAAUAGGUAACUGUAAAUUGUUAUCCGU